CGUUCAAUAUUACAGUUUGUAGGGAAGUAUUCAUUCUACAAAACGGUAUCGAUGACUUUUUAAAUGAAUAUUAGAGCACUUGAAUUAAUUGCUUGUGCUCAUGAUAUUUGUAUUACACUUAAUCGUACGUCGGGUUUUAUUCGAAAAAAUUCUGUUGGAAUACUUGUAUUACUUAUUCCUUUAAUAUUAACAGCAGGGAUGCCAAAUCAUAAUUUCAAAAAACAGUAG